AUUGAACUCUUCUACUCCUCACAGAAAGAGAUUCAAGCCAUGAGCCAGUGCCACCACCCCAACAUCGUGUCUUACUACACCUCGUUCGUGGUGAAGGACGAGCUGUGGCUGGUCAUGAAGCUGCUCAGCGGUGGCUCUGUGCUGGACGUGAUCAAGCACAUCAUCUCCCGGGGGGAACACAAGCAGGGCGUCCUGGACGAGGCCAGCAUAGCCACGGUGCUGAAAGACGUGCUGGAGGGCCUGGAGUACCUGCACAGGAACGGGCAGAUCCACAGAGAUCUCAAAGCCGGAAACAUUCUCCUCGGGGACGACGGUUCAGUGCAAAUUGCAGACUUCGGCGUCAGCGCCUUCCUUGCCGCGGGUGGUGACAUGACUCGAAACAAAGUGCGCAAAACCUUUGUCGGAACGCCGUGCUGGAUGGCCCCAGAGGUCAUGGAGCAGGUGAGGGGUUAUGAUUUCAAAGCAGAUAUCUGGAGUUUCGGGAUCACGGCCAUCGAGUUCGCCACGGGCGCCGCGCCUUAUCACAAAUACCCACCGAUGAAGGUCUUGAUGCUGACGCUGCAGAAUGACCCCCCGGGCCUGGAGACCGGCAUCACGGACAAGGAGGUUGUUAAGAAAUACGGCAAAUCCUUCAGGAAGAUGGUUUCCUUGUGUCUGCAGAAGGACCCGGAGAAAAGGCCGACGUCCUCCGAGUUGUUGAAGCAUAAAUUCUUCCAGAAAGCAAAGAACCAUGAGUAUUUACACGAGAAGCUGCUCCAGAGGGCGCCCACGAUAACGGAGAGGUCGAAACGGGUGCGCCGAGUGCCGGGCUCCAGCGGUCGGCUCCACAAAACGGAGGACGGCGAAUGGGAGUGGAGCGACGACGAGCUGGACGAAGAGAGCGAAGAGGGCAAACUGGCCGUCGCCGCCUUGCGGUCACCAAGAGUGAAGGAGGGGUCGCAGAAUUCCGAGGUCUUCCAGACUCCCGAGCCCUUCGGUAGUCCGGUCCAGCUGACGGCGGCGGGUGAGUUUAAACGUGGGCUGCAGGUCCCGCUGCAGCCCACGCCGGUCAGCACUCAGCCCGCUGCUCCGGCUGUACCGACCGCUGCUCUCUCACAGGUGCAAGCUGCCUCCAGCGACGUCAAUGCCCCCAUUAGUUUGGUGUUACGGUUAAGAAAUUCAAAGAAGGAGCUGAAUGACAUCCGCUUUGAAUUCAUGCCAGGGAGAGACACAGCAGACGGUGUGUCCCAGGAGCUGGUGUCCGCAGGCCUGGUGGACGGGAGGGACUUAGUAAUAGUUGCUGCAAAUUUGCAGAAAAUAGUUGAUGAACCUCAAGCCAAUAAAAAUGUCACUUUCAAACUGGCCUCUGGAACGGAGGAAUCUGAAGUGCCAGAUGACGUCAAACUGAUGGGCUUUGCUCAGCUCAGCAUUAGCUAAACUGUCGAACUGCCCGGGACCGCGACUCGCCUAAAAAAUGUGAAAAUACAACAAAAAAAUACAGUUCAAUUUAUUGCUGUUCCUAUGGCGUUAAAGAAACCCCGACUGCCAAAGAAAACAGCACCUUUUGUCCCCCGUAGGAUUACACGGUGCCAUAUUCAAUCAGAAGCAUCAGACAGUAAAAGAAUCCCUAAAAAAACGUUCCGUUACCUGUAGGAGGAUGCUGGAGGAUCUCAAAGGAGCCGUCGGCGAUCUCCUUCCUGCUCUCCUUCAUCCCUCGUUUCCCUCUCUGUUCAGUCCGUGAUGCAUUUGCACAAUCUCAACUAACGCCCUUGAAUCUUGAUAAGUGUAACGAUGCCUUAUAAUCAUCAGAACUACUGAAUGCACGUUUUUUGGGGGGGGAGUCCCCCAUUUACCAUACGAAGCAUUAUUUUGUCUGAAAUGUUCAAAUGUGGUUUCUCUCGCUCGCGUCAAACUUUUUAUUUCAUUUUGAGCGACGGUACGAUGCUGCUCACUAAACCAGGAAAUACACACUUCUGUAGUCAACAAAUGUAAAGUGGAUUUACGUUGUCAGACGCUCAACAAUCUCUAAAGCAUAGCGCUGGUUUUAUUCUGUGUACCUUGAAGUAAUUGGCGUCUCUUCUCUGUGCAAAAAGACCCAAACCAACAAUGUGUUCGCUUCACAGGUCAGAUAUAUUUCUUAAACAUCUGGCCACUAUGAACAGCAACAAACAGACAAUAGCAGAAGUCUUGUACUUAUGAGUGUUGAUACAACCAGCGCCAUCGGAAAGGAAGAGAUUAAAUGAUUACACAAACACA